CUGCCGCCGACGUUUCACGCAGCCGCCACCGCGCUCGUCGGCACAUAAGUACUCACUCUCUCGCUCUCGCUCUGUCUACCUCUGCGCGCCUGUACACUACUCUGAAUUCGCUGACAGACAGACGGACGGACAGGCAGGCAUCGUCAACUCCGCAGCCCUCGAGUACGCGAAGCUUCAACCGAUCGGAAAGACAGCGAGGAGGAAGACACGCCGGUGAAUAAAUUGCUCUAUAUCGCAAGAAAUAGAGAGAAGGAGCCUCAUUAAAGAUGCAGAGGGAAAUCGCGCUCUCCUGGCUCCUGUUGGCCACGUUUGCCGCCCUCGCCAUCUCCAACCGAGUCGAGGCUCUGCCUUUCAUUAGAUCGCGAUCACUCUGGAAUCAAUUCCAAGAAGAUUAUCCCGAAGCUGCUCAAGAAUUGUUGGACAGAAUUGAAAAUUUCGCAGUCUACGCACAGCCGGAUAACGCAAAGCGCGGCCUCGACUUGGGACUGAAUCGUGGCUUCAGCGGCAGCCAAGCGGCGAAGCACCUGAUGGGUCUCGCGGCCGCCAAUUACGCCGGUGGUCCCGGGAGGAGGCGCCGCUCUGAACAGGCGUAGACUAGCCCAUUAGACCGCACAGCACCCGCCGCCUCCACGCCGAAUCUACUCCAUGCAGCCGAUGCCGCCAAAGACACUCUCAGCUCUUCUAGUCCUUCUAUAUAGAUAUAUGCAUCUAAAGUACACUCAGACACGCACAGAUAUAUACAUGCAGACACUGAAAAGUCCAAUUACUGUAGACCUUAACUGCUACUAAGCUCCGAACUGAAUAUUACUGUAUAUGUCAGUGCAGCAGCUCGUUUCUUCCUAUAUAUAAAAUAUACAAAUGAAUCUUUUUUCCUGUUGUUUACCCAAUUUGUUUCGAUUGUUCUUGAGUGCGCGUUCCUCAUUUUUUUACGAUUGAAGAAGUGGAGCCGGUGAUACAAAUAGCUUGCGAUUGACUGAAGUGCGAUUGUCGAGAGUCAAUUUUUUCAAGUAUAUACUAUGUAAUUGUAUUUUUUUUGCAUAAUAAUAAACAUUUAGACAGAGCGAUUAGUUUGAGGAUUCGAUGAUCGGGAUGCAUCAAUUUUCAGGCGUGACGAUUACGAGAAAAAUAACUUAUUUUUGUUUACAUUAAAUGUUGAUGGAGUAUUUCAUUGUACUACUGCGUAGAUUAUAUAUUUUUGUUGUUCUUAAAUAAACUAGAUUUUGAAAAAAAUAUAUAAAAAUUAUAUAUGAAUUUGAGAGUGAUGAAAUAUGAGAUUGAAAUUUAAAAAAUAAAUAAAUAUAUAUACUAAAAAUAAUAGAAUUUUUUAUUUACAAUUAAUGUAUAUACUAUAUAUACUUAUAAUUUUUUAUAUUUAUUUGAACAAACUUAACUUUAAAAAUGUUAUAAUUGACUUAUAGUAUAAAUUCAAAAGAAUAUUUUAACUAACAAAAAUCCUAUAAUAAAAUAAACUAUAUAUUACUUGAAAUCGAUUAUUAUAAUAUUUCAAGCAUUUGAUCCCCGCCGCUGUCCUAUUUUGCCUCGUAGCUUAAUAUUAUUUGUUCCUAUAUGGUACCAAAAUAUUAAAUUUUUCUUUUUACAUGUGUAGAGUCUUGCAUUUUUAAUCCUUUGAAAGCAGGUAUGAAAAGUAUUUAAUUAUUAUCUAUAUAUGUACUAUAGUUCUUUAUUUCUGCUUGAGACUCGACAAAUGAAUAGCUGUCAAAUUUAGCAAUUUCCGUAGGAGCUUUAAUAAAAAAAAAUGAUAAAACGAUAACAAUAACGAUAAAAAUCAACGUGAACGAGUAAAUAUAAAUAUAUGAGUUUACAGAUAUAUUAUUAUGAAAAUAUAUAUGUAUUAUGAGAGAGAGAGAGAGAGAGAGAGAGAGAGAGAGAGAGAGAAGAGACGUUUUAGCGAGUCGACAUUAUAUUUAUUAUUAUAUAAUAUGUAGAUAUAAACAUAUAUGUGAACGUUGCUAAAGAUGUAUUUAUUAUAUCCUGUAGAAAUAAAAAAAACGCAGAAAUAUUUAGCAUUUUGAACUAUAUGAAAGCUCGCGUCCACGAUCAGUAUUUACAAUGUGUCCUCACUAUUAUCGAUCGUUCACAUAAGCAUUAUAAUAAACAUUAUUCAUAAAUAAUGGUAAAUUGUGAAUGCACUAUUCUAUUCAUCCUUUACCUGGUUAUAUGCACCUUCAAAAUAAUAGAUAGACAAGAGUGUACGAGUUAAUGUGCACCUUGUUAUGUUGACUAACUCGUUAAUAUACUGAAAAUAAUCGGGGGAAAAUGAUACGUGUUAUUUGUAUACAUAUAAGUACUAAAAUACAUUUUUAUUAUGAUUUAUUUUAUGUAGCGAUAUAUUUAAAUUAUUAUAUAUAUUCAAAUAUACUCAGAAUACUCAGAAUUACUUUUUCCCAAAACAAAUUAAAAAAUCAUCAUUUGAUUGAUUAUUUUAGAGCCUUAUGUAUAGAUAUCAAAACAAACACAAACUUGAAUGUUCCUUGGACUUUGAGAGUGAAAAGUAGGUAUAAGUAUGUAACUCAGUGGUUACAAAAACUUUAAGAAAUAAGAUAUUAAAAAAUAUAUACAUACUACACAUUAUAUACGUUGUUUUCAGUUCCUUUUGCGAAUGUCACAGGAAACACCUUAUUUGUACUAACAAUUUUAACAAAAAAGGAAAAAAUUAAUUAGCUAGCGACUAUUCAGCAAUAUUUGUGAAGUAUAAAAUAGAAUGCCUUUAUUUCUAUGGAUCUAAAGUAAAAGAUUACGUUGACUAGUUUAUAUUCUAGUUUUAUUGAAAUGAAUGCUAUACUUAAAAUUCCCUGUUAAAGAUUAUAAAAUUAUACUUUUUGAAAAACUGUGUAUUAAAAUAUAUGACUACGCAUUGAUGUUAAUUAUCUAUUCUUAUAUACGCGACCCUGCAUUAGAAGGCUAUCUAAUUGAAUAUAUAAUUUAUAUAAAACUUAUAUAUAUAUAUAUACAUAUAUAUAGUUGAAUAUAUUACUGUGACGUGACGUUUAUCUUGUCCAUGGGGAGAUUAAUGAAUCAGAAACAUACAUCAAUAUGGAGAGAAAAUAAAUACAUGCAUUUGUUGGAAUGAUGCUAAUAAUGAUACAUAAAAUGGAAAUUAUGAGUAUGCUAUCAUUUUUUAUUACUCCAUUCAGAAAUGGUUUAUAAAUACACUGUCUAAAAACGCAUAAUUAAUAUUAUUAAAAUAUAAUAUUGUCAGAUGUGUACGAUGUGUACAAUUUAAUGAGCACUUUGAGGUUCGCAGUUUUACUAUUUCUGUAUUGAGCAAUCAUUCUAUUAUUAUUUUUAACAUGUUUUUUUAUAACAGGUUUAUACUUUAUAGUUGAAAAAUUGUAAUAUACCCCUACUGAUCUUGCGUUUUGAUAAGAAACACUGAUUAAAAUUCAGAUUAACUUCGUCUUGCAUACUAAUAAAUGGUUAUUGAUCGAGAACUAAAUAUAACUACUCAAUUUUAAUUUGCGCAUUAUUAUUUUUUCAAAGUCUUAGACAGAUUUACAUAAAUAUUGCUCUAUUGCUCUUUUCACCAAAGUUAGUAUAUUUAAUAAAAGAUUUUUUAAUAGUUAUGUGAUCAAUAAUUUACGAUUAUUAUGAAUUUCAAUGUUAAAAACAAUUUAAAAUAUAACGUAAACAUAUUUUCACUGUCUAAUAUGACUUUUUUCAAUAUAUACAAUUAUGUUAAGGGCUGAAAAAAAUGACAAGGAACUAUUGUUAUUUAUAUUUUUUUUACUAGAAAUAUGAACUAAAACAAUAGGAUUUUGCUGUGAUCAACGGAUAUUAAUUGAGUAAAAUGACACUUACAUAUUUAGUAGAUGAUUUUUAAUACGAUUAAAAUAAUUAAUCUGAAUCUAAACAUUAGAGCGCAUGCAUUUGACUCAAGAUUAUGCAAAUUGAUGUAACAGGCAGGUCUGAUGUAUUUUUUAGCAAUAGUUUAUUUUCUAUGUUAGAAAAAAGGAACUCUUGUUCUUUUAUUAUUGUAAUAAAAACAGGAAUAAAGAAA